GCCAUUUGUGCGACAUCAGGAAGCGGACGCUGAGGGGAGCGAGCGAGCGAGCGGGCGAAGUUUUUUUUUGUUAACGGCGUAAAACUAAAAAACACACCACCACCAACACCACACACACACACAGAGCGCCGACACAGGGAGAAGGUUGGGCGGGGGUAGUCGAUCACUUGCCCAAAAGUCGUCGCCAUGGGGAACCGCGGCAUGGAGGACCUCAUCCCGCUCGUCAACAAGCUACAAGACGCCUUCUCCGCCAUCGGCCAGAACUGCAGCCUCGACCUGCCGCAGAUCGCCGUGGUGGGAGGGCAGAGCGCGGGCAAGAGCUCGGUGCUCGAGAACUUCGUGGGGCGGGACUUCCUUCCCCGUGGGUCUGGAAUUGUCACCCGCAGACCUCUCAUCCUGCAGCUGAUGUUCUGUAAAGCAGAAUAUGCCGAGUUCCUGCACUGCAAGGGGAAGAAGUUCACGGACUUUGAGGAGGUUCGAGCGGAGAUCGAGGCGGAGACGGAUCGACUGACAGGCAGCAACAAGGGGAUCUCACCGAUUCCCAUCAACCUGCGCGUCUACUCCCCGCACGUGCUGAACCUGACGCUGAUCGACUUGCCGGGCAUGACCAAGGUGCCUGUUGGAGAUCAGCCGGUAGACAUCGAGUACCAGAUCCGCGAAAUGCUCAUGCAGUUUGUGACCAAGGAGAACUGCCUCAUUUUGGCUGUGUCGCCCGCCAACACUGACUUGGCCAACUCGGACGCUCUGAAGAUCGCCAAGGAAGUCGACCCUCAAGGUCUUCGUACUAUUGGCGUCAUCACAAAGCUGGAUCUAAUGGAUGAUGGCACAGAUGCACGAGAUAUUCUGGAGAACAAACUCCUGCCACUUCGUCGGGGGUACAUUGGAGUUGUGAACCGCAGCCAGAAGGAUAUCGAUGGCCGAAAAGACAUCAAUGCAGCAAUGGCUGCCGAGAGGAAAUUCUUUCUAUCCCAUCCUUCUUACCGGCACAUGGCUGAUCGCAUGGGAACACCCUACUUGCAGAAAACCCUCAACCAGCAACUCACCAACCACAUUCGUGACACACUGCCUGCGCUAAGGAACAAGCUGCAGGGCCAGAUGCUGAGCAUGGAGAAGGAGGUGGAGGAAUACAAGAACUUUCGUCCUGACGACCCCACUCGCAAGACCAAAGCUCUCCUCCAGAUGGUGCAGCAGUUUGCCUUUGAUUUUGAGAAGAGGAUCGAGGGUUCCGGAGACCAGAUCGACACCGUGGAGCUGUCGGGUGGCGCUCGCAUCAAUCGCAUCUUUCACGAGCGCUUUCCCUUUGAGCUCGUCAAGAUGGAGUUUGAUGAAAAGGAGUUGCGCCGAGAGAUCAGCUAUGCUAUCCGUAACAUAAACGGCAUCAGAACGGGACUUUUCACCCCUGACCUUGCCUUUGAAGCCAUAGUGAAAAAGCAGAUCCAAAAGCUGAAGGAACCCUGCCUGAAAUGUGUAGACUUGGUGGUGGGUGAACUCACCACUGUGAUCAGAAAGUGCAGCGAAAAGUUGGGCAGCUACCCCAGGCUGCGUGACGACACAGACCGGAUAGUGACAACGUACAUCCGCGAGCGGGAGGGGCGUACCAAGGACCAGGUGUUGCUUCUAAUUGACAUCCAGCUGGCGUACAUGAACACCAACCAUGAGGAUUUCAUUGGAUUUUCCAAUGCCCAGCAGCGAACCAGCCAGCCCGUUGCUAAGAAGAAGGCACCUGGCAAUCAGGAUGAACUAAUGGUGAUCAGAAAGGGCUGGCUCACAAUUAACAACAUUGGCAUCAUGAAAGGUGGCUCGAAGGAGUACUGGUUUGUGCUGUCCGCCGAAAGUCUCUCCUGGUACAAGGACGAGGAGGAGAAAGAAAAGAAGUACAUGCUUCCGCUGGACAACCUGCAGCUGAGGGACAUGGAGAAGGGCGGGUUCAUGUCCAGCAAGCACAUAUUUGCCAUCUUCAACACGGAGCAGAGGAAUGUGUACAAGGAUUAUCGGCAGCUGGAGCUGGCUUGCGAAGGCCAAGAGGAGGUGGACAGCUGGAAGGCCUCUUUCCUCCGUGCCGGAGUCUACCCCGAGCGCAGAACACUUUCAUGGAGCAAGGACCAACAGAGUGAGAGUGAGGAGUCUACCGGAGACAACUUUGGGAAUUCCAUGGACCCCCAGCUGGAGCGCCAGGUGGAGACCAUCCGAAACCUGGUUGACUCUUACAUGAGCAUCGUCAGCAAGAACAUCCGAGACCUCAUGCCCAAGACCAUCAUGCACCUCAUGAUAAACAACACGAAGGAUUUCAUCCACUCGGAGCUGCUGGCCCACCUGUACUCGUCCAGCGACCAGACCUCGCUGAUGGAGGAGUCGGCGGAGCAGGCUCAGAGGCGCGACGAGGUGCUGCGCAUGUACCACACCCUGAAGGAUGCGCUCAGCAUCAUCGGCGACAUCAGCAUGUCCACCGCAACCACUCCGCUGCCGCCGCCCGUAGACGACACGUGGAUGCAGAACAACGCGGCGCCCAGGCCUCCCCCCAGCCCGACUCCCAUCCGGCGACCGCCCAACUUCCCGCAAGCGCGUCCAGCCGGCCGUGGCGCCGGGCCCCCUCCGCCCAUGGCGGCAGCGUCGGCGAUGGGCGGACCACCCAUCCCCAACCGCCCGGGCACCCUCAACCCUCCUGCUGGCAGCGACCCCUUCGUCGCACCCCCGCAGAUUCCGAAUCGCCCGAACCGCGCCCCGCCCAGCGUGCCCAGGUUUCCUUCAGGUUCUCCAGUUUCUUCCCACAUGAAGCCAAACGCUCAUUAAUGGAUUUGGCCAAACGUCCCAGUGCAGAAUACCUUCCUGAGGCCUCCAUCUGUACCUGCAAGACCUUACUCAUUCCACCAGUAAAAAAAACUGCAAUCAUCAUGUGCGACCUGUAAGUUAUACAUAGCAGUAAGUUGAACUUUGACAGUAAUUCCUUCUUUGGGUGCGGGUCCAAAGGGGGGUUUGUGCAAAAUCCGGUAUCAAUGCCUCCAUGUUGGACAAUGUACUCGCAAAGUUGAUGCAUCCGUGCACACACACCCUUGUUAUUUUGAACAGUUGAGCACUCAUUCUUAAAUGCUGUAAUAUAACCGUUAUUCUGCCCGUUGUGAUUUAAUACCUGCACCGCAUGCAUGCUUCUAUCGUACAAAACCCCACCCCCCCGUCUUGCUGGUAUGGAAUAACAUGCAAGGCUCCAUUUUGAGAUGGCGCCACCCCCGCUUUGUGCGGGGCGGCAUGCUCAGUGACGACGGGAGAUCCUCGUUUCAUUUAUACAUACGCUUGGCUUGUUCGCUAAUAUGGAUUUCCUUAACGAAUACAUGCUCGGAGGCCUUGUUACCGGAGAAACUUUUGAAACCAAGAUUGACCUUGAUAGGAUAAAUCAGAAGACUGGCAAACCACAUGGGGCAUGCAAUCUCCCGUUUGCGUUUUCAAAGUGCCGCGCGCGCGUUGAAUCUCAUCGGAGAUACGUUGCGGUUCUAUGCAGGUCAUUGAUUAUUUUGAGUUUUACAUCCACGACAAGCUCUUAAAUUACCUUGGCGGCAACUUGAGAUGCUGUUGCACUUAGACGCGAUAUAAAUCCAAAGCAUAUAUAUGUAGUACCAUUAGCGUGCGUUGGAAUAACGUUGGUUUAAACAGGAGUCAAUAGAGGUUGUCUUGACUGAAAUCUUGGUUUUAAAUGUUUUUGUAGAUAACAACUGGAACUAAAUAUAAGCUCAGUGGCUUCAAACUCUUUCGCAAAACUCCAGCAAAACAGUUACAGGCCACAUUUGUUUUCAAAUGACUGAAAUAAUUAUCAGUUGGGCUCAACAUGAUUAUCGUCGGUUGUUUUUAAUAUUAUUUAGCAUUUGAUUCGAAAUAUAUGCAAAUAAGCACGUGAAAUGAAUAGCUGAAUUUUGAGUGGUUUUCUUGCACAGAAUCCGUGGAGACAUUGAAGCUCUGUAGCAGCACAUCGUGUCUUACCGGAUCGGGUAGGAACGCAAGUCUCCUGCGCCGAACCCUCCUUUCCCGGAACUAAGUUUCAAGACGUACCGUGGCUCAGUCAGCAGGUCCCCCCACUCCACCCCCCGUAACUUUUAUAUUUUUUGUAAUUUGGCAGCGUUAAACCCCCCCUCCCCCGCUUUUUAAGUGAGUGAGCCGCUCAAAUUAAAAGUCUUAGCCACGAGCCUCGUUGACUGUUGUUAGCUCUCCGAAGUCCACCGUGAAGGAGCGACCAUUUGUUGCACUCCGCCUUGCUGGCACCGUGAUGCUUUGCAACUUCUCCCGUCUGCCUCGUGCACGUUGUAACCAAAAAAAAAACCUUUAUCAGCGGCGCUAACACUACAUUCGGCUUUUGACCAAAAGUGGGUCAAUUGAUCAAAAUCUCUGCUGUACAUAGGACUCGGCACAGCGGAGGCCAUCAUUCCAACGACAUUCUCACACGUGGGGAAGUGAGAUCAUGUGAAAUGAUUUGCAAUUUCCACCCUCUUAAAGUUGACAGGGGACCCUCUCUCCCAUGCUCGAGCACUUGUCUGUGUCGGAUGACCCGAUUGAUUCCACUGGUGCGAUCAACUUAAUCGAUGCUACUUAUUAAUUACAACACCACUUAAGUCAUUCUUAAUCAAGGCUUCAUUUUAAAUAUAGAUGUAGUCUCACCUACACCUAAUGAAGUGCAGUAGACCUAUGUAAGUUUCGCCAGGCAUGUAACUUAAUAUCUCUGUUUAUUCGAUGGAUUGUCAUGAAUCGUGGUCAUGAUUCGAUGAAAAAAUCAAUUUGUGUUUUGUUUUUACCGUACCAUGUAUAUUGUUUGUCUCGAAGUGUGCUCAAUCAUUCUCCCUCUGUUAGCCUCAAGGCACACAGACCUGUAAUGUGCACUUAGCCUCAGGGUUCAAUGCAUGUAUCUUGAGUAUUAGAAUAUAUUUUAACGGAUUAAUGUUUACAUGCCCAUGCAUCACGAUAAAAAAAACAGUCAAAGGUUACUGACAGAUUUGGCUAAACUGGAGUGGUAAAACCUAUAUCGAUUUCCAUGCCUAUGGACCAACCCUAAUGCAAUUGAGACCCAUCUCAGGGGGUGUGGGGGAGAGUCAAUCUGGUUCGUGUGCCUCUACCUCAAGUUAUAUCCGGUCAUCGCGCUAAAAUAAGCGCGUAAUGAUGAUUCAUCUGUGGCGGAUGCUCGUUGAUGCUGUUCUUGUCCGUUUACCGAUGUGGUUACACGUUAUUAAGGACCUCAUGGAGCAACGUAUCGCAUUAAAGAGUAAUGUGUACAUCUCAAUCGGGAAACUGAUAUGGCACCAGGUAAGCGCACGAUGAUUAUGCUGGUGAAGGUUUGUGUUAUUUAAACUUUGUACUUUUUGAGGCGUGUGACCGUGCUGAUGUCAGUAUGGGCAAACCAAAGUGACAGGCGCAGGGGCUUACGUCUGCAAAACCUCGAAUUGAACGUUGGCACGUCGAUUUGUAAAUAGCGAGUGUAUUAUAGUAGUUCUUUAUGGAUCAGUUUUUUUCAACUCAAAUCCAAAACGUGCAAAUUUGAUUAACAAAAAAACCGUAAGACGUUUACCAUUGCAAAUCAGUGUGAUUUAACAGAAAAAAAUAACAAAAAAACACGAUUCAACUUUAAUCGAUGGAGUAUACAAACGCGACUACAACCCUAACACUGUGUUUAAAUAUUGAAAUCCAUGGAAGAUGCACUCCGAAUUUCACACUCUGCUUCACGGGAAACGUUGCCACAAUGCACUCGUUGGCGAGCCGCGUGUCAUUGGAUUGUCUCUGUUCACCUCGACGCUUUUGUCCGCACCCCAUUGUGCUACAGCGAGCCCCUCGGUCCGUUCCACACAAAAAAACUAAAACAUUCCGUAUUGUAAGUGACGCAUUAUAAUGGAUCCCUUAUGUGUGUGUGCCGCAGCUUUUGGGGUGGGCUUGCCGUUCAUGUACCGUGGCUGUUCAGUAAAUCUCCUCUGCUGUGGCGUUUCUGCGCCAUCUGGUGGUUGGAGCGCUUGGUGGUAUAAGCCUAUUUUACAGUGGCCGAACACCGGACAUUUGCCGUAAAAAAUCAAUAACGUUGCUUUCAUCAAAGUGUCGUUUGCUGCCGUGGCGUGUUAAGUGCGCUUUGAAUCGUUGACCCUCCUCGCGACAAUAUUUGUUUGAGCCAGCUUGAUUGUAGCCCUGUUGUUUUGAACUUUUUAUUGUUGAUCCGGUGCAAAUCUGUAAAAGCAGAUGAUGCCGUUGACGCAUUUUUAAGUGUUUAGUACCCACUGUGGACACGAGGUGGUGAUUUUUUUCUCGCUUUAGUACUUCACAACGUAUGGCUUGAUACACUGCAAAAAAAUAAUUAAAUUGUGUUCA